AUGUCCCCGGGAGCGUUGGCCGGGGCCCCAGGGACGCAGCUUUCUGCUGACGCGUCCUGGCAGAUAGCAGACGGUGGCUUCCGAGCGUGGGCCGCGCGGCCGGGCCGGGAGCUAGCGGCGGCUCGCGCCAGAGAACAUUCUCCGAGCGUGAGGCGCGGACUCGGCUGCCCCGCGGCCCGCCCGCCGGCCUGGCCGGCCUCGCCGCCGCCUGCCUGGCUCCCUGAGCGCGCCGAGCGCGGGCCAGCGGCCGGGGCGGAAGGCCCAGGGCGACGCGGAGAGGGCGGGCGGGCAUUGCGGAGCGCCGGUCUCUAUAUGGCGGCGGCUCUGUCGGGCCUGGCUGUCCGGCUGUCGCGCUCGGCCGCCGCCCGCUCCUAUGGGGUCUUCUGCAAGGGGCUGACCCGCACGCUGCUCAUCUUUUUCGACCUGGCCUGGCGGCUGCGCAUCAACUUCCCUUACCUCUACAUCGUGGCUUCCAUGAUGCUCAACGUGCGCUUGCAGGUCCACAUUGAGAUCCACUGAAGGGCCUCCCCUGACUGACCGCGGCCGGACUGUGCACAUGCACCUCGGAGCACCCAGCAUGAAGGCCCCGAGAGGGAUGCUAGGCACCUACCGAGCUGGCACUGUGGCAGAAAGAGGAGACCGCUGGGACAGACUGCUGCAGGGCCUGGACAGAACCCAGAAGCCGACCCGCAGGGACGGGACGUCCCGGAGCCAGGCCUCGGGGUUGGAGAUGGAGCAGGCCCCGAGCCUCGCCGACCUCUUGUUCCUCCGUGGGCCGGCAGGAAGAGCCGCCGUCCGCGCAGCUGCAGGAGCGCCGGUGGCCGCCGAGACCGUGUGCGCCGGCGAGGCUCUGGAGUGGGGCUGGCCAGCAGGCUGCCCGGGGGGAUGCUGCCCGGAGGAACCCCGGGGGCCCACGCUGCCAGGCGUCUUAGAGACUGGACCGCGGUGCGCUGUGGCCUGGCUGAGUGCAGGGAGCACCUCACACGGCGGGCGGGCAGCCCGAGGGCGCCCAAGCCCCGCGCCAUUGGAGUUGGCACGUCCGGCCCACUGCCACAGUAGUUAAGGCGCGAGCAGACAAUAAACAGUAGCGAGAUUAAUUUUACAGCCGUUUUAGGAUGAUUUCUUUCGCUUUAAGUCUGGGUGCCACAGCCUGACCUCUGGUCAGCCCCCUGCCUCGAUUGGUUCGACCAGUCACAGAGAGCCCCCUCGCGUGGGUGCAUGUGGGGGUGGCACCCGGGCAUUCUCAGCGGUGAGAUCUCCACGGUCGCCUCGAGAGGCUGGCACGGGUCACCCUGCGGAAGUGGACGUCUGUCAGAGCCACCCCCGGACUCGCGGGAAAGCAUGGCUGAGCGCAGGCUGAGCGGC